UGACAAUUGAUGUGGGAAGCCAUUCUCGCAUGUGAUUGGGCACCUCCCGGAUUGGGUGUGAGGCAUUCUGGCCAAACUGUGUCGGAGCUACCCCUACCCUCUCCAGGUGCGAGAGCCUGUCCAUGUGGGGGUGUGACUGACCACUGAUCCUGAGGCCAAUCACUGACCCUGACCUUGGAAUGCUGCCCCCCUCAACCUUCAUUGGAUGGAAUUUUCCCCUGAAUUUCUUAUUCCCCAAUAAAAGGCCACUCCCUGGCGUGCUCUCUCUCUCUCUCCUGCUAGCCCUGAGUAAGCCUUGCUGCCCUACCAGCUGGUUCAAGGUGAAAGCCAGAGAGGUGAGAGCCAUUUCGGACCUGGUCAUAGAAAAAGGUACAGGACACAUACAUGACGAUGGACCACGGAGACAGGUCCCAGGAGACUACACGUCAGCCAAUAAGCUCCAAGACACAGUGCAAUCAGAUUCACUUCACUUUUAUUAAUAACAAACACAAUCUCAGUGUUUCCCUCACUGAAAGCCAUGCCACUUGUCCACUCUCAGGUCUGCUUCUCAGAGGACUCAGCUUCACACAGAUCUCCACCAGGCCUCUGGAAUGAUGAAUUCCUUUGAGCCUACAGUGUUACUCAGAGGAAAUGGAGAAAACAGUCACCUCAGAGUGCAUGUCAGUCAGUGUUUGGUACGGAGGAGAGAUGGGCACUGGGCAUCUAGGAAGACUCACUGACAGUCACGACUCAUUCCAGUCCAAGCAGGAAGUUCACCUCCUUCCUAAUGUCUGGACCUAGGACAAGAGAUUCAUGCAGCUGACUCAGGAGAGAGUGGGCACCUGGAGUGCCAGGAUCCCACCUCCAUCCGCAUGAAUGCCAUGGAAAGUCCCGAAGGGCAGGAGAUGCAGAAGCUGGGGAACAGAGCUUGGGACAACCCUGCUUACAGUGGUUCCCCUUCUCCACAUGGGACGCUGAGGAUCUGCACCAUCUCCAGUGUGGGGCUCCCACGGGCACAACCCAAGAAGCCUGAAGAUGGACCCCAGGAGAAGAUACAAGGGACCCUGGUGUCCAGCUGCUGCCUCCAUAUCUGUCACAGCAUCAGAGGACUCUGGGGAACAACCCUGACUGAGAACACAGCGGAGAACCGAGAACUGUAUGUCAAGACCACCCUGCGAGAGCUUCUGGUGUACACGGUGUUCCUGCUGGACAUCUGUCUGUUGACCUAUGGGAUGACAAGCUCCAGUGCCUAUUACUACACCAAAGUGAUGUCUGAGCUCUUCCUACAUACCCCGUCAAAUACUGGAGUCUCCUUCCAGGACAUCAGCAGCAUGGCAGACUUCUGGGAUUUUGCCCAGGGCCCACUCUUGGACAGUCUGUAUUGGACCAAGUGGUACAACAACCAGAGCCUGGGCCACGGCUCGCACUCCUUCAUCUACUAUGAGAACCUGCUCCUGGGGGUCCCAAGGCUGCGGCAGCUGCGGGUCCGCAAUGAUUCCUGUGUGGUGCAUGAGGACUUCCGUGACGACAUUUUGAGCUGCUAUGAUGUCUACUCUCCAGACAAAGAAGAGCAACUCCCCUUUGGGCUCCUCAAUGACACAGCGUGGACAUACCACUCCCAGGAGGAGCUGGGGGGCUCCUCCCACUGGGGGAGGCUCACAAGCUACAGCGGAGGUGGCUACUACCUGGACCUUCCAGUGUCUCGACAGGCUAGUGCAGAGGCACUUCGGAACCUUCAAGAGGGGCUGUGGCUGGACAGGGGCACUAGGGUGGUCUUCAUUGACUUCUCUGUCUACAAUGCCAACAUCAAUCUUUUCUGUGUUCUGAGACUAGUGGUGGAGUUCCCAGCCACAGGAGGUGCCAUUCCAUCCUGGCAAAUUCGCACAGUUAAGCUGAUUCGCUAUGUGAGCAACUGGGACUUCUUCAUUGUUGGCUGUGAGAUCAUCUUCUGCAUCUUCAUCUUAUACUAUGUGGUGGAGGAGAUCCUGGAGCUCCACAUGCACCGGCUUCACUACCUCAGCAGCAUCUGGAAUGUACUGGACCUUGUGGUCAUUUUGCUUUCCAUUAUGGCCAUGGGUUUCCACAUAUUCCGAACCCUAGAGGUGAAUCGGCUGAUGGGGAAGCUCCUGCAGCAGCCAAACACGUAUGCUGACUUUGAGUUCCUGGCCUUCUGGCAGACACAAUACAACAACAUGAAUGCUGUCAAUCUUUUCUUUGCUUGGAUCAAGAUAUUCAAGUACAUCAGCUUCAACAAAACCAUGACCCAGCUCUCAUCCACACUAGCCCGUUGUGCCAAGGACAUCCUGGGCUUCGCCGUCAUGUUCUUCAUUGUUUUCUUUGCUUAUGCCCAGCUUGGCUACCUGAUUUUUGGGACUCAAGUGGAAAACUUUAGCACUUUCAUCAAGUGCAUUUUCACUCAGUUUCGGAUAAUUCUUGGGGACUUUGACUACAAUACUAUCAACAAUGCCAACCGCAUCCUGGGCCCUGCCUACUUUGUCACCUACGUCUUCUUCGUCUUCUUUGUGCUCUUGAACAUGUUCCUAGCUAUCAUCAAUGACACAUACUCAGAGGUCAAGGAGGAGUUGGCUGGACAGAAGGAUGAGUUGCAACUUUCUGACCUCCUAAAACAGGGCUACAACAAGACCCUCCUACGGUUGCGUCUGAAGAAGAAACAGGUUUCAGAUGUGCAGAAGUUUCUGCAGGGUGGAGAGCAGGAGAUCCAGUUUGAGGAUUUCACCAAAACCUUGAGGGAACUGGGGCAUGCAGAGCAUGAGAUCACUGAGCUCACAGCUGCCUUCGCCAGGUUCGACCAGGAUGGGAAUCACAUUCUGGAUGAGAACGAGCAGGAACAAAUGCAACAGGACCUGGAGGAGGAGAGAGUGGCCCUCAGUGCUGAGAUUGAAAACCUGGGUCAGGCAAUUGUGCACAGCCCAACAAGCAAGUUGGGCCCAGAGGCUGCCAGAGCAGAAGGCUGGGUUUGCAGAGAAGAAUUCUACUUGCUCACAAGGAGAGUUCUGCAGCUGGAGACUGUUCUGGAGGGAGUUGUGUCUCAGGUUGAUUCUGUAGGCUCAAAGCUGAAGAUGCUGGAGAGGAAGGGGUGGCUGACUCCCUCCCCAGCAGUGGAGGAUCAAGCAAUUUGGGAACACCUGCAGCUAGCCACAGCUGUGACUCCAGCCCCAUAGGAAGUCCAGGAGAAUGGAGGAAGAGUCCUAAAGCAUCAGUAGCAGGCUCCUCUCUCUGUGUCUCCACAGAGGCUUCUUCUCUACAUGCUCUCCACUUCUAGGGCAGUAGGUCCCACAUGGCUGUUGCUGAGUCCCACCCUUUACCUGACUCUUCAGCCAAUGUUACUGUGUGUAGCUGGGCAUCAUGUUUAGGUUUGUGAUUCAGUGUUUCUGUGUGUAGCCACAUAGCUCUGUGAAAUGACAUUUCCAACUGGGCUUCUUACUGCAUGUGCACUUAGCUCUGCAAUAGUAAUAAAACCAUGUCAAUAACAAACAGGAUAAAGGAAGGGAGGGUAAGGACUCUCCCUAAGCACCUAGACAGACAUGAUUUGUGAAAAAGAUAGAAGCCAAGAGAGUAGGUUGUGUCUAGCUGUACUUGCCAGUAAAUCUUACUCUUAUUUGUGCAUCUAGAUCUCUAUUGCCAGCAUCCAUGGGUUUCUUGUAAUCCCUUAUAAAGUUUCCAUGUAAAAGAGAAGGGGAAGCCUUAGAGGUGAGUAGACUCUGAUGAGGUAAGAUUCCAAAGUUGCAGAGUUGUUAGAGUGUUGCUCUGCCAUAGCAAAGUCAACAAAGGCUUUUCCGGAGAAUUCUGUCUCCUGGAGUUCCACUUAACACGGGGAAUUGAGGGGGCUGUAAUUCAGAAGAUGAAAUGGAGCCUGAAGGGAAUUAGGCAAGAAAAUGACCUCAGGAUUCAGACAUCUUUGGAAUAUGUGUUAGACUCUGAUUCUAUUUUUCCAUAGGAUAAUGUGGGUUUCCCAGGUGACUAUCAAUAAAACUCUUUCAGAAAACCA